CUGCGCAGCGCAGCUAUUUCCAUUCGCGAUCGUGGUAGGUGGCCGACAUUUUGUUGUGACGUUUGACGCAAGCUAAAACGAGAACUAGAAAAUGCCAUUGAAUGCCAUAGGAUGGACCACAGAAGAGGACGAGAGACUUGUUAAAUUAGUGGAACCGCAGACUUGUUUGUAUAAUUACUUUGAUCCGUCGAGGAAGAAUAUUUUGGCUCGUGAAUGUACAUGGCAAGAAAUAGCUUUAGCUUUAUCGAAGCCAGUUGAAGAAUGCAAGAAACGCUGGCGUGGUCUACGUGAUGGCUUCAUGAGAAGCAAGCGAAUGGGUACUCUGCAUAAAACUAAAGUUAACAUCUUUGAGAAGCUCCAAUUCUUAUUUGAAGGGACAGAUAUCGGAGAAGUGUCUGUAAAUAUGGAUGAAGAAGGAAAAGAUGAAAUGCUGAUAGAAACAAUUGUAGGCCCCGAACAAGUUAUUACCGAUAACCAAGAAUACUAUGAAGUUAGUGAGGUUACAGUGGUGGAUGACCCACAAGAACCACAGAUGAAACAAAAUACUUAUAUUAAAAUAUUGCCAAAGUUGGAUCAAAUAUCCGAGGAACCACCUAAGAAGGUGAAAAGAGGUGCGGGCAGAAAGAAAAAUAUACCAGUACCUAGAAAUGUGCCUCCAGUUAAAAUACUACCAAAACCGGUGGUAGUUAAUGGACCAAAAACCUAUGUAAGAUAUGUAGAAGAACCAAAGACUCCUGAACAGAGGUCACAAGUUAUUGAUAAAUUAAUAGAAAAAGUACUUAAGGAAAAUACAAAUGAAAUUGAUGUUUUCUUCAGAAGUAUGGCAGCUAGUGUGAAAAAAUUACAACCAAAUUUAAUUCCUAAAGUGAAGAUGGAAGUUUGUAAUGUUAUAGCCAAAUAUGAAAUGCAAAGUUUUGAUAAAAACUUACAAAAUAAAUAACUGUGAAAUAGUUACUUUUAGAUUUUACUGAAUACUUGUGAUAUUUUAAUCACUAUAAGUACUGAUUAUUUUUUAAAAGUUAUUAGUAUUGUACGCUGACCUUACGGAAGUAGGAUAGAGUAGGUAAAAUGAUUGAUUUGUGUAUUAAAAAUUGGCCUUUAUUGUCAAUUGCUAAAAUAAUUACAGUAGACAGAGUCAAGAAACUAUUUAAUAAUUCAA